AUUGUCUUUGGCAGUAGACAUAUGACUGAUGACAUUAUUUAUUGAUUACAAGUUUAUUCGAGGACCGCUAACAUAAAUUAAUAUUGUAAUCAUAACAUUGGCGAAACAGGAAUUUGGGAAUAUAAUUUUCUUUAAAUCUGUCUAAAACUAUGGCUGGGCAAGAGCGUAAAAAUUGUAACGGAGACGACAAUGCUUCAGCUGAUGAAAUAGAACCAACAGAAGAACAAAACGAGGAAAAUAUUUGCGAAGAGUAUGAGAUGCUGGACAGUACUUUAGAUGAACUUAAUUCUGCACUGGAUUAUUUGGAGAGGAAAAAUGAUGACAUUCAUGAAAAAUUGAAAGAGCUGUUGCAAUCUAAUAUUGAUAUUAGACAAGAGAUGCGGAAUGAAAAUAAUAUGGAUACUUCAGCAAAUAAUUAAAAGUCAAGCAUCAUUGUAAUUUAUGAAAAUUUAGCUAAUAAUUAUUACUAAGAAAAUAAUAUUGGCUUAUCUGUUUAUAUAGAAAAAUAAAUUCCAAAAGAAAAAUGUAGCACUAAUAAAAGUAUUAUUUAUUUUA